AUUACACAAAGAAAUCGAAUAUUUAAAAAAUGUCAGACGCCGACAGCCAGAAACAAAUCAAGCUCACCUCUUCUGAUGAUAAAACUUUCACGGUCUCACGAAAAGUGAUCAGUCAAUCCAAGACCAUCACAGAUAUUAUCCAAAACCUUGGAAUUGAAGAAUCUGGAUCCACUUCUGAAGACACGAUUCCACUUCAGAAAGUGACUUCUACUAUCCUUGAGAAGAUUAUCACCUGGUGCGAGCAUCACGCCGACGAUGAGCCAAAGAAAGUCGACGAAAACAAAAAGACGGUAGACAUUAGUGAAUGGGACGCCGAAUUCAUGAAAGUCGAUCAGGGAACCUUGUUCGAAAUUAUCUUGGCCGCCAACUACCUCGACAUCCGUGGGCUUUUGGACGUGACCACCCAGAAUGUGGCUAACAUGAUGAAGGGUAAAACUCCAAGCCAAAUCCGAACCCUCUUCAACAUUGAGAACGAUUUUUCCGAGGAGGAACGGGAGGCCAUGAAGAAGGAAAACGCUUGGUGCGAGGAUUAAGCUCCCUGGUAAACAUAAUUAACUUGAACUUUAUCUGAUUCGGUUUACAUACCUCUUUUAUGUCACUUAAAACAAAAUCAAAAAUUAUUUUAAACAAAAAAAAACUUUGUCUGUCAAGUACGCUUUACAUUGCUUCCAACAAAAAAUAUAAUUUAAAUAAAUGUAUAACGUCUGU